ACUCCGUUUAAAUGAGACAAUUUAGAUCCAUAAUGGACUUAACUCACUGGGAUUGCUAUGAGAGCUGGAUGAGAAGGGCUCAAAAUACAGCACUAUGUCAUUAUCACACAACUACUGCAUGGAUAUUAUACUGAUCUACUGCACGAAUGAUGGACUGCAAGCAGUUUAAGUCGUUAUAAAUCAUAGAGUUCAAUCCUGAAGGCAGUGAUCGAGUCUAGAGAGUGGAAACACUUACUUCCUGAAGUCUGGACAGGAUGAAGACAAAAAAGGCUGUGUUUUCUAUCUCAGCUGGUGGAGAGAGGAAAUCAAGUAUCCGUGAAGCAGCGCAAUAUGGAUGAUAUAGAAACUGAACUCAAUAUCGCAGCAGCGGCCGCGGAUUCUCGGGAGGAUGAGGGCAGAAAUCACGUACCGAUUAAACCGGCCGUUCUUCUCCACCAGUCUCAUCCAGACCCCAGAGGUUUGUUCACAGCGGCCGACUUCCUCAAGUCCAACAGAAAGUGUCUCAAUCUGAUCAGAGAAGCGAUGCUGAGGCAUAACUGGCAGGAGGCUGCAUGCUAUUUUAGCUCUUACAUUCAGACACUGGAGGUUCAAACUCUUUCCCAAGUUUUCCCAGCUUCUGAGAUCACGUGGCGUUUAGGCACAGAAAUUCUGCAUCAUGUUCCCAAUUCCAGCAUUGACGAUUUCAACGCUUUUUAUGAACAAUUGAAAAACUUUGGCGUCCGAAACUACUCAAAGAUCUGUUUGGAGCAUUGCUUUCAUCUCCUGCUGAACAAGCAGAUGGAUGAAGCCAAGCGGCAGCUGUCCAUCGCAGACAGCUGGAGAUACGGCAAGCAGUCGACUGCUCAGUCCCUGAUGAAAAAGCUCAUCCGCGCCUACUGUGGUUAUCUAGAUUACCUGAUCUGGAGUGAGAAGAAGCCCUCUGCGCCUGAUAGUGAGGAGGCGGGCAACAACCAUGAGAUGCGCACCUAUUUCAGACAAGCUUCUGUGACGCUGAAGGAUAUCGUCAGUCAGCCCGGAGUCUGGGAUCCUUUCGUGUUGAGUUACAUUCAUAUGCUGGAGUUUUACGAAGAUGAGGAGGCUGCUCUUCAGGUUCUGGAGAAUUAUGCUUACAACAAGGAGUUCCCGCUGAACCCCAACGCUCACGUGUAUCUGUACCAGUUCCUCAAGAGACACCAAGCCCCACAAGCCAAACUCAUCGGUUCAUUAAGGAUCCUGCACUCUUUAGUCCCGAGUCACGAGCUGAUGCUGGAGCUGUGCUCGCUCCUGAUGCACACCAAGCAAAAGAGCGAUCGAGAAGAAGCUCUCGCCGUUUCCAUGGACCUUCUGGAGUUUUCCAGCUGGAAAUGUGACAUGAAGGCUUGGAAGUGUCUUCUGGAAAUAAUGAAUAAACUCAAAAAGAAAAAGUGCAUGGACGCUGUGAAGAAGGAGUGGGACGUCAGGAGAUCGCUCUGGCUUUCCUUACACUACAGAUCCUACAACGGCAGGAAGGACUCGCGCGAGAACGUCCAGCUUCUGAUGGUCAAGAGGGACGUUUUGAGGAUUACGGAUGAAAACAACAGAGAGUACUUCAGAAUCGCUCUGAAAAUUGAGAGAGAAAGUAAACCAAAGAAAGAAAGACUCAGGAAGAGGAAAGAGAGGAUGGUGACUAAGGUGAAGGAAAAGAAAAAGAAGACUCUCAAUGACUAAGAAGUCCGAGUAAAUUUUAUAAGAAGUGUGUAAAUUUGACUUUCUUAGAUGGCUGUGAAUUAAAGGACUGGAAGUGCAGUGAACUGACCGUCGGUCUUGAUUGUGACCAGCAGGGAGCGCAAACGCUGCGCUUCUCAAGCCUGAUGCUUUCCAGGAACCACAGCCUGAUGAACAUUUCAUAUUUGUAAAAAGAAUCAAAUCAUUUUCAGCAGCUUUUGAGAUGAUAUUAGUGGAUUUUCUCCUGUCCAGUUAAUAUUUUUUGAUAAAAUAAAGAAAUUAAAAACAA